UGUGACAUUUUCCACCAAAGAAGUAGAUGUAUUUCACGUUUAUUUCUGGGGCAAGGAGAAACGCAGAGUUGAAACGUGCGUUUUGAACCGCACCUUCGGUUGUAAUAGAAAGUUCCAGAAACAGUGGACGGCAUAUACAAAAUAACAGUUCAUUUGUUAUCGACAACUUUCGUGAAGUGAAAUAAUGUCGGUCAUCGCAGAGGAAAAUGUCCGUGGCGGUAGUGUUUUCAAGGAGAUCAAUGCUGAUGAUGAAGACAGUCAACCCACCGAAAUCGAGAGUCUGUGCAUGAAUUGUUACCAAAAUGGAAUGACACGUAUUCUUCUUACGAAGAUUCCUUUCUUCAAAGAAAUUAUCGUCAGUUCUUUCACCUGCCCCAACUGCAGUUGGUCAAACACUGAAAUCCAAUCAGCUGGUCGCAUACAGGAUCAAGGCAUCACCUACACACUCAAUGUCAAGUCAAAACAGGAUAUGAAUCGAGAAGUUGUCAAAGCAGACAGUGCAACCACCAGAAUCCCUGAACUGGAUUUUGAAAUACCCCCAUACACACAAAAGGGCUCACUCUCUACCAUCGAAGGCCUCUUAGACCGUGCAGUUGCAGGGUUGGAGCAAGACCAGCCACUAAGAAAUGAAACUGCACCAGAAGUUGCUGUGAAAAUCAGUGAGUUCAUUGAUAAAUUGAAGAAGUUGAAAGAAGGUGAAAGUGGAUUCACACUGGUCAUUGAUGAUCCAUCUGGGAACAGUUUUGUGGAGAACCCCUUUGCUCCGCAGAAGGAUGAGGCUCUCUCAGUCUGCAACUACACAAGAACUCCGCAACAGGAUGCCCAGUUAGGAAUAAAGGCUGAAGAAGAGGAGGAAGAGGAAAAGCCCAUUAAUGACAUUGACAGUAUGAGAAAUGAGGUGUUGACAUUUAAUACGAACUGUCCAGAGUGCAAUGCCCCAGCCUCGACAAACAUGAAGCUUGUCCAAAUCCCCCAUUUCAAAGAAGUCAUUAUCAUGGCAACAAACUGUGAUGACUGUGGACAUCGAACCAACGAAGUGAAAUCUGGUGGAGCCACAGAAGAGCUGGGCACAAAGAUAACCCUUCACCUCACUGACGUGUCUGACAUGUCCAGAGAUCUUCUCAAGUCGGAGACGUGUAGCAUCCUCAUACCUGAGCUGGAAUUUGAGUUGGGGAUGGCGGCUGUCGGUGGCAAAUUCACCACCUUGGAGGGACUCCUCAAAGACAUUAAAGAUCUGAUUGUUUCUAAAAAUCCCUUCACUUGUGGAGACAGCUCCACUUCAGAUCGAACAGAGAAACUUAAGCUUUUUGGCCAGAAGAUUGACAAGAUCAUGGCGGGAGACAUGGAUGUUCACAUUGUUCUCGAUGACCCUGCAGGGAACAGCUAUCUCCAGAACAUCUAUGCGCCUGACCCAGACCCAGAGAUGACAACUGAGAAGUACACCAGGACCUUUGAGCAGAACGAAGACCUUGGUCUGAAUGACAUGAAGACAGAGGGCUAUCAGAAGUAAGGACUUCUGCAGCAGAAGGGUUGAUCUUACAUAAACAAUGCAUUCUUUGGAAAUUAAUUUGAGACAUUUGCCCUCACUGAAGUUCACAAGGACAGAUGUCUUGCAGUUUUGAUAUUUGAGCACAAUAUGGUUGAAAAGUGAGAUCUUAUUUAAAAUAAAGCAAUCAAUAUGUUUAUAAUUUGAUUAGUAAAGUAUGCAUUUUUUUGUUGAGAAAUGCACUAAUAUAAUCAUGCAAUUGAAAUAUUGUGUUUUUGCAUCUGGUUGUUAAUGUGAUUCUGAUUCAGUGGAAUAGACUGGUUGAAUUGGCCUUCUUCAUUUAUAUUGAUGUGUCCUGUUCAAUGGGAGUAAAUAAAGAAUAUACACUGGCUGCUGUAUACAAAUGA